UUAAAGAGAGAGAGAGAAAAAAAAAAUCUAAGAGCUGAGGCGCUAAACCUAUCCUUCGCGCUUCGUAAGCUGUAAAAAUUUUAUCGUCUUCUCCGAAGCCGAGCGAGCCAAAACGACGAUGCAGUGCGCUACUUCGCUUCUCUGUCAUUCAGCACUCGCACCUUCUCAUCACUCUCUUCUUUUUCCUUUACGUCCCAGAUUUUCUUCCACGGUCUUACCUUCUUCGCUUUCACAUUUGCCCUUCAAGCCUCUCCAUAGUUGCCUUUAUGCUCUCUCUCCUCUACGCAGCACCGCUACUCAAGAGAUUGUUGAAACUGCUAAUAGUGGAGCAGGAUUCGUUGAAGUUGGGUAUAUAUCCAGUGUUCACGGGCUUCUAGGGGAAAUUUGCGUUAAACCCAGUACUGAUUUUCCCGAACUACGAUUUUCCAAGCCUGGGAGAAGAUGGCUAAGGAAGUCGGUUUCUGGCAAAGAUAUGAUUGAAGAAGUUGAGCUGGUUGAGGGAAGAGGGCACCCUGGACGGAAGAGGUGGAUACUUAGAUUUGGGGGCAUUGACACAGUGGAACAGGCCAGGCAACUUGUUGGGUCGACUCUUCUAGUUAGAGAAGAAGAUAGGCCUGAGUUGGAAGAAGGAGAAUUUUACACUCGGGAUCUCGUUGGCAUGAGAGUGAUUCUUAAGGAAACUGGUGACUGUGUGGGAACUGUCGUUAAUGUUUUUGACAGUGGAGCAAGUGAUCUUUUACAGGUUAUGCUCUACCCAUCUGUAGAUGUGCUUGAGGGAGCUGAGAGGUCAAUGCAAGCAAAAACAGGUCUAUCUGGUUCCCUUGUGUGGGUACCAUUUGUUGAAGCUAUUGUUCCGGAUGUUGAUAUGACUAGAAGAGAAAUGUGGAUUACACCUCCAAAAGGACUUCUUGAGUUAAACAUACGCUCUGAUGAGAGGUCCAAGAAAGAAAGACGCCAGAUUGAGUGGAAAGAAAGGAAAAAGUUUCAAAGACGCCUUAUAGAAGCUAAAAAGAAAUUGUGUGAAAUGGAACAAAAACAUGUGUUUGAUGGAUUAAGAUAUGGGGAAAAAUCACAAAGGAGCUUACUGGCAGAUCAGAUAGUUGGUGUAAAUUCCAAAUUGCUUCAACAGGCAUUGCAAAAUAUAGAGAUGCCUUCCGAGAGAUUGAGCUUAACUGAGUUAAUCAGUGCUGCAAAAACCAAGCUAAUAAAAAGUUCUUUGAAGCUAUCAAAGAAAUGCCUCACUCCCUGUGUUGGUGAAGAGAAUGUGUUUGUAAAUUUCCAAGAAAAAGGUGUCCAUCUUUUGACUGAAGGCAAAGUGGGUAUUGUGUUAGUUGUGAAUGACUUCAAGAAGGGAAGUGGUGAUAGCCCUGAUGUUGUUGGCUCUAAAAGGACUGAGGAUUCAACUUUUUCCUUGCUUCAGAAAUUACUCUCAGAUGAUCAGAAAUUUUUAAAGAUGGAAGACCGUGCAUGUGUGCCUUUGCUUUUGGUUUGCCCAGUGCGAGAAAUCCAGUCAGUGACAAGGCUGUUUUCAAAUAAUGGAUACUUUGGGUUUGACACCAACAAGGUGUGGUUUUUGGAAGAAGAGAAGCUUCCAAUUGUGAGUAGUCCUGAAGAAGAACAGACCAGGCAUAAAAUUUUGAUGAAGUCGUCAUGGGAAAUAUUGCAAUCACCAAUUGGAUCUGGAGGGGUUAUUAGCUUGCUUUCGUCACAUAACUUUCCCGAGAAUCUCAGCCAAGUGGGUGUGGAGUAUAUUGAGGUUUGUAGUGUGAACCAAAAUUAUGUACUUGGGAAUGCAUCACUUGUUGGGUUUGUUCAUUCAUGCGGAGCAGAAAUUGGGAUCCAAUUUGAAGAUAUGGAAAGUUCAGAAGAAAGUUUUGACAUAAUAUUCUCCAUAAGGUUUAUGAAGAAGUUGAUGCAACAGAUGGAUAAACUCCAAUUCUUUCCGAUCUUAAGGCCAAAUUCCCAUGUCAAGAUGGUUGAUAAAAAGUGGAUUGAUGUUGUCCCAUCAUCUCCAAACUCGUACCAAUUUUAUUGUUCAAUUUACAGUUCCUUAAACACAUGUCCGCUUGAUAAUAUUUGCGUAAUGGAAAUAACUGAAUGAUUAGAUUAUAUAAGU